AGGGCCACACUGAGUCGGAUUUGUUAACCACUGAGCCACGACGGGAAUUCCCAAGGCAGCUAUUUGGUGGAAAGAACUCAGAACUAGGGCCUGCAGUCGAACCCCAAAGAACAAUAUCUUUCAUUCAGCCAUAACCCUUGAGUGACAGUAUCUUCUCCAUUGCGGGGGGGAGUUUCAAAAAAGAUGGCACAGAGUAGCUGCUCAUUAAUAUUUACCAUUCAUCUUCCACCAUCCAUCUAUUCCUCCACCCACAGCCCACGGCAAUGAACACGGAGCAAGAGAAAUAUUAUCAAUGAGGGUUCGGAAUUUAGCGUCUGAGCAAUUGCAGGAAAGAGACUAGAAAUUCUUUACACAAAGCCCUCCUCCCUAUGCCUGUAUGGAACCCAAGAAGAGAGUCAGAGAGCCAGAAUUUUUCUUUUUCUUUGGAACUCCGAGCCAGAAUAUUAUUACACUGGAAUGAAAUAUAAGCAAACAACGACAAAGAGAAAACAUUUCUUAGUUACCGCUGGCUAAGAAUUUCAUCAAUAUCCCAGUGAAAUUCAUUAAUUUCAUCAAUAUUAAGACGUGACUGCUAUAGAGCCCACCAUCUGAUGACGGUAGUUCACAUAGUUAUUCGUUAUUGAGUUCACUGGUCAGCAGCUACACAGCCGUCAGCCUGUAGUGUGAGAUCAGUCACUCCAAUCCAUCCUUGUAUCGACUUCAUAAAGUUCCUCCCCAUAUAGGAACUUCCCCAUAUAUGGCUCUCAAUCUAUGUUAAAAUAGGCAGAUGCCAAUGCUCACGAGCGCCAAGUUUGUGUCCCUGAUGGUGGGCGGCCCAGAGAAUUCAUGCACAGUAUGGUUGAGCCUUCACCUGGGCUUGCUUCUGUCUGGAAGUGGAUUAACACUUUCAUACACGUUCCCUCCAAAUGUCAUCAAAAUCGCAAGAGGCUUUCAAAUUUGCUGGUGCCAAGAACUGGAUCUGCUGGAGGGAUUGCCUCUUUGAGCAUCUAGAAAAAACUCAGAUUAAAUGAAAUGUCUAUACACUCGCAUUAAAGAGAACGCCUUCAUAGGAUCUUCCAGCUGUUAAUCCUAAUGCAGAGGAAAAGCUCUCCUUGACUGGGGAUGAGCUCUGCUGGGUUCAGGUCCUGCCUCUGUCCCCAGUCUGAUCAGAAGACUGGAGCAGGUCAUUUCCCACUCAAGGCCUCAGUUGCUUUGAUGGGCAAGGAGAGGAUGCAGCAAUUUCUGAAAAACCCUUCAUUUGCCUAGACGGAGGCCCUUGCCCAGUGCUGGCUGGCCCGUUGUAAGUGCUGACCAUCUCUCAUCUAUGAGCACAGGGCGCCCUACUGACAAUUUCAGUCAUUUUUCUCUAACACACAUAUGCUCUCCUGUUAUGCAGCAGGACUUGACCACAUACCAGAUGCCUGGGACUCUUUGCAAGAAAGCCUGAUGUGCAGUCUUUGUAUUUCGCUGAUGCCAGAGGGGAUAUUGCAUGGAAAAAGCUAAUCAGACCUCCCCAGUGGUGGGCUUCAUCCUCCUGGGCCUCUCAGCCCACCCAAAGCUGGAGAAGAUGUUCUUUGUGCUCAUCCUGCUCAUGUACCUGGUGAUCCUGCUGGGCAACGGGCUCCUCAUCCUGGUGACCAUCCUGGACUCCCGCCUCCACACGCCCAUGUACUUCUUCCUGGGGAACCUCUCCUUCCUCGACAUCUGCUACACCACCUCCUCAGUGCCCCUCGUCCUGGAUGGCUUCCUCACUCCCAGGAAAACCAUCUCUUUCUCAGGCUGUGCCAUCCAGAUGUUUCUCUCCUUCGCCAUGGCAGGGACGGAGUGUGUGCUUCUGGGUAUGAUGGCAUUUGAUCGCUAUGUGGCCAUCUGCAACCCCCUGCGGUACCCUGUGGUCAUGAGCAAGGCUGCCUACGUGCCCAUGGCUGUCAGCUCCUGGGCUGUUGGUGGUGUCGCUUCCCUGGUACACACAUCCUUGGCAAUUCAGCUUCCUUUCUGCGGGGACAACAUCAUCAACCACUUCGCCUGUGAGAUCCUAGCUGUCCUGAAGGUGGCCUGUGCUGACAUCUCCAUCAAUGUCAUCAGCAUGGCAGUGACAAAUGUGAUCUUCCUGGGGGUCCCGGUUCUUUUCAUCUCUGUCUCCUAUGUGUUCAUCAUCGCUACCAUCCUGAGGAUCCCCUCAGCAGAAGGGAGGAAAAAGGCCUUCUCCACCUGCUCUGCCCACCUCACUGUGGUGGUCAUCUUCUAUGGGACCUUGUUUUUCAUGUAUGGGAAGCCCAAGUCUAAGGACCCCCUGGGGGCAGACAAAGAGGAUCUUGCAGACAAGCUCAUCCCCCUCUUCUAUGGGGUGGUGACCCCCAUGCUCAACCCCAUUAUCUACAGCCUGAGGAACAAGGAUGUGAAGGCAGCUGUGAAGAACCUGGUGGCUCAGAAACACUCUAGUCACUGAUGCAGAAGGAGUCAAUCGUCUGUGGUUCUCAUCUCCAUGGAAGAAAGAACUUCGGUCAUUAUAGCUGCCACCCAUAAGCCAAGUCGGCUUAACUGGCAUGGUCUCUUGCCCUCGAAUCCAUUUUCAGGGAAUGUUGAACUUUUCACAGUGGAUCUCUUGGAUUCUGGUCAGAGGUCUAACAGGUUCCACUGGUGCCGGACAAUAA